CCCCUCCUCUCUUCUUCUUCUUCUCUUCUUCUCUUCACACUUUCUUUUCUGUUGCAUCUCUCUCCUUCUUUUGUUUCUCUUGUUUUUGUGAUACCCGUGAGCUGCCUGUUUGUGUGCAGACAGCUCAUUCCGUUGCAGGCCCCUCUGGAAUACGAGGACCUGUGUCUACCGUUUUCCCUACCACAUAGUUGAGAAGAGUGCAUCACUGAGCCAUCAUGGAUCAGCAACGCUUUUUGCAGCAGCUUCAGAUCGUCCUGAACCCCGCCCAGGGUAACGUGAAGGAAGCCACCGGCGUGCUCCAGCGCGAAUUCUACAAAUCCCCCGAGUCGCUCGUGCUGCUCAUCCAGAUCGCCACGAGCCAUGAGGACAUGAACCUGAGGCAGCUGGCUGCCGUCGAGAGUCGCACUCUCGUCGUCAAGCACUGGGUGUCCGUCCCUGCCGACCAGAAGCCCCAGAUCCGGGAGCAGCUUCUGCGUGCCGCCGUCGGUGCGGGCUCGUCCCUCGUCCGUCACUCCAUCGCUCGCGUCAUCUCCGCGAUUGCCAAGAUUGACCUGAACGAUGGCGAGUGGGCCGAUCUCCCCAACUUCCUCCUUCAGGCGGGUAACACCGGCAACAAGGAGGAGCGCGCCGUCAGCAUCUACAUCCUCCUCACCAUCCUUGAGACCCUCGGCGAUGGCUUCGAGGAGAAGUUCGGCGAGCUGUUCCAGCUGUUCAGCAAGACCAUCACCGACCCCGAGAGCGAGGAGGUCCGCAUGAACACGCUCAUGGCUCUCAGCAAGCUCGCCAUGUACCUCGAUUCCGAGGAGGACGUCGCUCCCGUCAAGGCUUUCCAGAACCUCCUCCCCUCCAUGGUUGCCGUUCUCAAGGACGCCAUUAACCGCGAGGCGGACGAGAGCAUCAUGCAGGCGUUCGAGGUGUUCCAGACCCUUCUGGGCUGUGACCCCGCCCUCAUGACCGUCCACCUCAAGGACCUGGUGGUCUUCAUGAACGAGAUCGCCGCCAACACUGAGGCUGACGAGGACACUCGUACUCAGGCCAUCAGCUUCCUGAUGCAGUGUGUCCAGUACCGCAAGCUCAAGAUCCAGGGCAUGCGCAUCGGUGAGCAACUCACCCACACCGCCCUGCACAUCGUCACUGAGCUGGGCGAUGCCUCCGUUGCCGACGACGACAUCACCCCUGCCCGCUCUGCUCUGGGUCUGUUGGACAUGCUCGCUCAGAGCCUUCCCCCCAGCCAGGUCGUUGUGCCCCUACUCCAGGCUCUGGGACAGUACUUCAGCAACACCAACCCCGACUACCGCCGGGCCGGUAUCAUGGCUCUCGGCAUGUGUGUUGAGGGUGCCCCUGACUUCAUCAGCACCCAGAUGAAGGAGAUCUUCCCCAUGGUUCUGCAGCUGCUCGCCGAUCCCGAGCCCAAGGUUCGCCAGGCGUCUCUGCACGCUGUCGCUCGCCUCGCCGACGACCUUGCCGAGGACCUCAGCCAGGAGCACGAGAGACUCAUGCCCCUGCUCUUCAAGAACUUGGCCAGUGCCAUGCAGGAGUACAAGGGUGAGGAGGAUGGCCCGACCAUCGACAUCAUGAAGGCCGGUAUCAGCGCCAUCGACGCUGUUGUUGACGGUCUCGAUGAGAAGGACGUUGCGCCUUACCAGACCGAGCUCGUGCCCAUCCUGCACAAGCUCUUCCAGCACCCCGAUUUCCGCAUCAAGGGUCUCGCUGCCGGUGCUCUCGGCUCCCUCGCCUCCUCUUCCGGAGACUCUUUCCUGCCUUUCUUCGACGAGUCGAUGCACCUCCUCCAGGAGUUCGCUGCCGUCAAGGACAGCGAGGAGGAGCUCGACCUCCGCGCCAGCGUCACCGACGCCAUGGGCGAGAUGGCUGCUGCUGCCGGCCCCGAGCGCUACCAGCCUUACGUCGAGCCCCUCAUGCGUGCCACCGAGGAGGCUCUUCACCUGGGACACUCCCGCCUCAAGGAGAGCACCUACAUCUUUUGGGGUGCCAUGUCCAAGGUCUACGCCGAGCACUUCGCUGCUUUCCUCGAAGGUGUUGUCAAGGGUCUGUUCGCCUGCAUUGAGCAGGAUGAGACUGACCUCGACGUCUCCCUCGGUGAGGCGGCUAAGGAUCUCAUCGGUCAGGAGGUCACCAUCGGUGGUCGCAAGGUCCGUGUGGCCGAUGCUGACGACGAUGACGAGCCCGUUGGCGAGGACGGUGAGAUCGAGGAUGUCGACGUCGAUGAGGAUGAUGAUGGCUGGGAUGACAUCACCGCCACCACCCCUCUGUCUCUUGAGAAGGAGAUCGCCGUCGAGGUCAUUGGUGACCUCGUCACCCACACCAAGUCUGCCUACCUUCCCUACUUCGAGAAGACCAUCGAGAUGGUUCUGCCUCUGGCUGAGCACCCCUACGAGGGUGUGCGCAAGAGCACCAUUAGCACCCUUCACCGCUCGUACGCCAUGCUCUACUCCAUCGCCGAAGAGACCGGCCAGAUGGAGAAGUGGCGCCCCGGUCUGCCCCUGCAGGUCCAGCCUGCCAAGGAGGUGCAGAAGUUCGGCGAGAUCCUCAUGACUGCCACCGUCAAGAUGUGGACUGAGGAAGAUGAUCGUGCCACUGUCGCGGACAUCAACCGUAACAUGGCUGAGAACCUCCGCUACUGCGGUCCCGCUCUCAUUGCCAACGAGACCAUGCUCCACAACACCAUCGCCAUGAUCACCGACAUCAUCACCAAGAAGCACCCCUGCCAGCUCGAGUUCGGUCCCGAGGAGGAGACUCUUGAGGCUGGUGAGGAGACCUCCGAGUUCGACUGGGUCGUUGUUGACACCGGUCUCGACGUUGUCUCCGGCAUGGCUGCCGCCCUUGGCGAGAGCUUCGCUGAGUUGUGGAAGGUGUUUGAGAAGACCAUCAUGCGCUACGCUGGCAGCAGCGAGGCUCUCGAGCGUGCCACCGCCGUCGGUGUCAUUGCCGAGUGCAUCAACGGAAUGGGCGGUGCUGUUACCCAGUACACCCCCUCCUUCCUGAAGCUGCUCGUGCACCGUCUCAACGACGAGGACCCCCAGACCCGCUCCAACGCCGCGUACGCCGUUGGCCGUCUGAUCGAGCACUCCAACGCCAAGGACCAGAUCGUCAAGGAGAUCCCCACGAUCCUCAGCCGUCUGGAGGGCUGCCUGCAGAUGAACGUGUCCCGCCUCCAGGACAACGCCACGGGCUGCCUCAGUCGCAUGAUCCUCCGCCACCGCGAGAGCGUCCCCAUCAAGGACGUUCUCCCCGUCCUCGUCUCCAUCCUUCCCCUCAAGAACGACUACGAGGAGAACGACCCCCUGUACCGCAUGAUCUGCCAGAUGUACAAGUGGGAGGACCCGACCAUCCGCGAGCUGACCCCUCAGUUCCUGCCCAUCUUCCAGGCGGUUCUCCUCGGAGACGCCGACCAGGUGGACGAGGAGCGCCGGGCGGAGCUCGUUGAGCUGGUCAAGUGGCUCAACCAGAUGCAGCCGGGCGCUGCCCCCUGGGCCGAGCAGCUGUAAGGCCUCGCGCGACAGCUUGAUGACGAAUACUACUUAAUGGAUAGAUGGGUCUCUUAACGAGGGCUAUUAUGGACGACGUUAGACGAUACCCCUGGGGAGCCAAUGCGCGAUGACCCAAAACUGAUAGAAUAUUGCUGGAUCUAUGAUUUAUGACGCAAAAGUGGUGUAUAUAUGUUAUUGAUUGAUUGAUCGAUCGAAUAUUUUCC